CGCCAUAUGCGACCAGGAAUGCAAAAUGUCGGCUUGCAGGAUGUCCUAAUUUUCGCGAAGUCCGUUGUUUCGGACUUCCAACGAAGAUAAGACGACGUCAGCCAAGCACAAGAACAUCAAGUUAACGGGGGAAGUACAUAGAAAAACUUAAAGCAUUUGAGGACGUGUAUUAUAAUUUUUAAAACAAAGUGACAAUGGAAAGCAGUGAGUACGAACUUGUCCGCAACUUGACUUUGCUUUUCUUUCUUGAGCGACUUCUGGAUAAAGGCGGGUCUAGGACAUUGCACGAUUUGAGCUGUCAGUUCGGCGCUAAGGGAUUCACGAAAGAAAUGCGCCAAAUUGCUGGAGGUUCGCAGUCUGGACUAAGAAAGUUUUUGUCUCAAUACCCGUCUCUUUUCUCAAUCGAUGGAGACAGUGUAUUUGUCAACUCUUUUGCCGCCCCUUCAGACACCCAGCAGGACACUGGCCUCAAAUAUGUCGGAGGGAAGAGGGACUAUGCCCAAGAAGCUGUGGAAUAUUUCAGCAAGAAGCUUAUGCAGUAUGGGCCAGGAACUGAGGUCCCCAUCAAGAGCCUCUUGGGACACAGGUCUCAGGCAUCUCCCGAAGUCCGCCAUAUCUCGGGUCAGCAUGGCAAAGAGUUCCGUGACUUCCUCGUCCGUUACCCAGAUACUUUUGUGGUUGGGGAGGAGACGGUCAUGCUAAAGGAGUGGGAGGGUCAGGAGCCACAGCCGUUUCAUGAACUGGAGCAGGUACACAUUGAUCCCGCAGUCACGGCACAGUUACUGGGAUUUCUUUCGCAGUGUGUUGAGAUAAAAGGCCCAAUGUUGGUUGACCAGUUGUUCCAUGCCGUAGCUUCAUCGCGCAUUCCCCAAGAUCAGUGGUCGUGCAUGUUUAACACCCCCCAGGAUCUCUCUACCUUCCUCAAAAUGCACUCUAACGUCUUUCACGUGCAGUCGAAUCUCGUGAGUUUAAUUUCUGUUCCUCCUCAAACUUCCCCCGCUAAGUCUUGCAGCAAACGCAGUUGCCAAAUCUCCACCAGUCCACAACUGUGUUCCCCCUCCCAUCAGAACAACAACAUCAAUAACAAUGUUACCAAUGUUAGCUCAAACCCCAUAACAUUAUCCAGUGUUAAUAAUAACGUAGAGUCCCAGGGAGGGUGUCUGCCAGCACCAGUUCCUCCUGCUGCAACCCUUCAGAAUCAGACGUUGAAACAACGAAUCAAUUCACUGGUUAUAAAAACAAUUGCAGAUAACGCAGAAAGGGACAGAAGUUAUGCUGCCUCUGCAUUGGCAAAUAAUCAUCCUCCUGGUGGCGACGCUUGGAAACUGAAAGUACUGCAGAACACGAGGGUCGUCGUUACUGUGAAGGAGAGCCUUCAGGUUGUGGAGGAUAUCUUGUCUCGAGCAGCCACAGAGAAGGUCGCUGUUUCAUUUGACUGUGAGGGCAUCAACCUUGGUGUCAAAGGGCAGUUAAAGCUUGGUACUGCGUCAGGUUUGGCGUACAUCUUCGAUCUUAUCACAUGUCCCACCCUUGUCACAGCCGGUGGACUGCAGCAUCUCCUUGAAUCAGAGACUGUUACGAAGGUUCUUCAUGAUUGCCGCAAUGAUAGCGUUAACUUAUACAAUCAGUUCAACAUAACCCUUCGCAACGUCUUUGACACACAGGCGGCACAUGCGGUCUUGCAGCUUCAGGAAUCUGGGAAACCUGUGUAUAAGGUGAAGAACGUGUCAUUGAACGCUCUUUGUAAACUGUGUGAUGCCCCCGUAAACCCCAUGAAGGAUCAGCUGAAGAAUGUGUACCGCAGGGACCAGCGUUACUGGGGCAGACGCCCGCUGACUCGGGAUAUGAUGCUAUAUGCUGCGUCGGAUGUUUUAGUCCUAGUACCGCAGGUGUACACUGCCAUGACAAGGCUGAUCAAGCCAGAGUAUGAGUCCCUUCUGAAGGAGCUCUGUGAGGAACAGAUUUUCAUGCAUAUUAAGCCAGGUGAUGUAAAACAGCGCAAGAAACAGCGCAAAGUUGAAACAGAACUGGCAGAUUUGCGAAACAAACUUUCAGUAAGCAUUAACAAGACAAACAUCGUGCUCAGCAACAGGGAGAUUCGUCUGCUCAGGUACCUGGAUUUAACAGAAGAGGAGAAGGAGAAGCUGAGGGGUUCAUACAAAGUUGCACGGAAACUGGAGAAGCUGGAGAACGCACAGGACAGAGAUGGGAAGAGUGAAGAUGAAGAUGAAGACGAGGACUGCGACGGUUGUAAUGGCGACAGCGGUGAUUUCCCAAGUUUAGAGAACAGUGGGAAAACUUCACCUUCAUCCGGUGGGUUAACGUCGCCUAGAACGCCCGUGUCGGAGCCCUUGUCUUUGACUGAGUCGAUGCAGUUGUUAGACGAGAUACUUUCUGAUGGACGAAUGGAAAGGCUUGACAAAAUUGAGCGGCUGGAAGCAGUUCUCUCCGUGAUCACGUCUCCACCGGCUGAAAGUGGUGGAACAGAGAGUGUUCUUCCAUGUUGUUUGUGUCGGUGUCACGCUAAUGCUAGUCUGUGCGACCAGCAGGGUACUGCAGGUUCAAAGGCACGAGAUGUUGGCAGUUCUGGUGGACAGGUUGAUGUGGCAUCUCAGACACAUUCAACUGGCGACAUUGUGAUAACAAGAAUCUUUUUCGUCGAGGAGGAGAAGGAACGAGAGAAGACUCUCACGUCAAGCCCCAGGAGGGGCCCCUUACCUCGGCAACAUUCUCCUUCCUCCCCCUCCUAGGAUAGGACUUCGCUUAGGGAUCUUGUUGUUAUCGCUACAUCUUCUAGAAAGAAGAAUCUCUGUUUUGGACAAAAAUUAUAAUUAUAAUUCUAAAUUAUUAAUAAUAAUUAUUCUGUUCUUGGGUUGAAGUCGCCUGUUACAUUUGCAGGGAUCACAGGUUCGGUAGUUGAGCCUUAGCGAUACUUGAACAAGUUUCUGCUAGGUGAGAGUUGUCUCAGUUAGAAGUCACAAGUGCCAACAUGUAAGAUUGUCUUCCUACAGACUAGACGUACUAACAGGAUGACUUACUGUCCAUAGCAAGAGCUUGUGUGAACGAUUUCUUAUUUCCUUCUGCCUAUUUUUAUGUUGCUGGCAACAGAAUUUACAAGAUUCCAUUCAAGUAUAUCCUGUAAAAUAAAAUAAUUAUAGCCCAAAAUUAUCCUAUUUAUGAAACAUUGUUUGGUAUCUAUACAGGUUUUUAGAAUCACCCUGUAUAAGGAUAAAAUUUCUACACAAGACUAGGCAGUAAGUUAGGGGUAUCCAGAAUUUUGUUAGAGAUUUGUUAUUGUUACUGCUGUUGUUUUCAGUGCUGCUGCUUACAUUUUUAUAUAAUUUUAUAGGUAAAAAUUUACCUAAGUACUUUUCAAGUUUGAUGCAAAUUCUCACUUUUAUAUUCUAGACUGUGUUGUAAUGUGAAAAUUUACUGUUAAGAAAAACAUUUAUAUUUCGAAUUUAUGCUGCAAACAUUUGCUGGUACUGAGGUGGUUGGGAAACAUUUUUAUAUUUCUGCAGGGGUUUAAAAUUUUUUCUAAGUUUUUAAAGUAAAUUUUUCCAUUACAGUUUGUAUGAGCCACGUCAGAUUUGCGUACUGCGGUAUGGAGGAAGAUAAACUCUUAAUUAACAGUAGUUUAAUCGUAUGUUUCAUUGUCCUGUGAUGUGUGUGUGGGGGGGGGGGGAGAUGUGACAACCUUCUUCAGAACAGUAAAUGUAAUUAAAUACUCUCUGAUGUGUUUUACCAUUAUUAAAAUAGGAUGUGUAGUUGAUGGUGUUUCUGCCAGAGGCAUCGUGAAACAGAAUAACGUACAUGCUCAUUAUAACAAGUGAUUCCACAUUUGAAUAAAAGUCUUGUCAUAUUCCGUUUGGAACUGUAAGAUGUUCAUUUAAUGUUUGUCAUGAAAUCUGAACUAGUUUCUUAUUAUGGAAGUAGAUUGAAUUGAAAAUCAUAAUGUGUGGCGCUUGCUUCCACAGAGUACGUCUGCAGAUGCUGCAUGUAAGCGCACUUACCAUAGUGUCCGUCUUUUCUUUUCUCUCUUUCUUUCUUUUUUUUUUUCUCCAGAGAAUUUUGUUGAAUAAUGCUUAAAUUUUUUAGACUCGCAGAAAAGACGUGCCUUGCCACUGCUAAUGUGUGAUAACUGUGGAAGUUGGUGCGUGGGUGAAAAAUGCACUUACAUCACAGGUUUGAAUUCUGGAAGACUUCACUUCAUCCAAAAAAAAUGAUAUAUUGUGUUGAGAAUGUAAACUAAUUUUUUUUACGGGAAAAGUUUUCCUGUUGACGUCACACAUCCUGUGCCUGGCACAGAGUGGACGUUGUUGGUGGCAGAAUGUUUUUGUGAAAGGAAGAAUCCUUGUGGAAUGUACACAUUAUUUAUUUGUAUGUUUUUCAGUUUAAUCAGACUUCAUGGCUCUACUUCGUAGAUAUGUUGUUUGCAUUUGUUAUUCUUACUGAUUUGUAUAUUCAGAUCCGCAGACUGUUGUCCACGUUAUUUAUUUAUACCGAAGUCUACGCCACUUCACAUUUUGAGCAUUGAAUUAGGCCCUACAGCUGAGUUUCUCAGCCUGAGGGCUGAAUGUGUAUUAUGUGGAGCCCACAUAUUUUGCAAUAUUGCGUUACUGACGUGAUGCAGAAAACGUGCUUUGCUGAUGUCUGUACUUGGCAGUAGAUAUUGCUGUGAGCAAAUGUACAGUUUACUGAAGAAUUUUAAAUCAAAAGUUGGAUGUGUGUUACUGAUGGGAUUUUGGAAGGAUGCGUGCGUAUUGCAACAACAGAGAUUACAGAUUACUCGAGCAGAAGCAGCGUUUUAUGUAUAUAUAUAUAUAUAUAUCUAUGGUCUGAUUUUGUUCAAAAAUGUUAUUGAGUAAUGUGUGUUCAUAGUACUAAGCCUAUUUAAUAGUAUUUUUAAUAAAUUUCCAUAACAUUUCAAUAAAUUGUCCACGGAAGUUCUUCAUGGUCUAGUGUGAGUGAAGUGCAUCUUCAUGGGUCGUGUUGUUUGCAACAGUGGGUCUGGGAUUCUCGCUGUUGGAACCCUUUGUCACACAAAUUUGGGGAGGGAGAUCAUUAUUUUGAUCACAUUAGUACAAUAAUUAUCAAAUGCUCAUUAAUGACCUCAGGAUACUUUAGUGUAGGUAUGACCUAUAGCAUAAGAGUGACCUUUGGGUCCCAUUACUAGAACAGUGGCUUAUGAGUUGUGGCACGAAGAACAGCUUUGGAAUGUCAUUGUACUCCAAAGAGUACAUAUUCCCAACUUUGUUUAUUAUCUUGUGGCCCCAGGUCUCGAAAGGUGAAGAACCCCUGCCGCGCGGUGUUCGGAUCACAGGCCUUCCACAAUGAGGAUGUUCAGAAACAUUUUCUCAACUUUCUCCCGUUUCGUCGAACAUUUGUUGCCGGUAAUCGCUGUCACCAUGAACUUAGAGGGAAAAAUUGGGAUUCUGAGCUACAGAAAAGCAUCCGGUAUCACCGACGCUAAAUUACUUUGGCAAUUGAUAUGAAGUUCUUUGAUGAAACUUUAUAUUUUAAUGAGGAAAAUUCAAAAUUGGGGUUUACUGUGACACACAUUUAUGAUCCUGAGCAAAGAAAAAAAUUAGACCAUGGUAUUUGAAUCUCUAUUGAAAUAUUAAGAAUGUUAAAACUAAGUUUAUAUGUGAGUGCAAAGUGCAUCUUAAGGUGACUAAUUUCGGCUUUUUUAACCAUGUAGAUACAAAACCAAAUAGAAAACAAUUUUAACUAGCUGAGUAGUGUUAGUAACUUAAUAUGAUAAGUGACGAAUGGUACUAUACCAUGGGAAAUAAUACAAUAGCUUUAAUUUUCGCUAGGAUUAAGCAUAAUUGACGUUCGUGCAGGAAACUGACGACGAGUUUCAGUGUGCACAGCUUAAUGUGGUGAUUGUAAGUAAUUACUUGUAGCCGUAGGUUUUUCCUUCGACGUGAUUGGGCACGUAUUUAAAGAGAGGUGAAAAUGAGGUUGCAGAUAUGUUGGGGUCUUAAAAUCAUAAUACAAGAAGAUUCAUGUUCUUGGUACAAAAUAAUAUAAUUUGGGGUUAUAAGUAGUUAGAUUCUACCUUUUGUUUCUUUUAACGGUGUUUCGGACACGGUUUUCAAACUGUUUGAAAGUUCUAAUGUGUGGUAAGAGCCAGUCUCUUGAAUAAUUUGUUGUCACGAAUGGUAACGUUUUAUGAUUUGAUGGUUGAACGGAACCUGCAGAACUGUUUGACGGGGCUUGUCAUGGGGCUGAUUGAACCUGUUAUAUACAUUGUGCACCAACUAGGCGAGGUGCGUGGAAUGUAGUUCUGUAAAAUGCCAUAUUGGUGCGAACGUUUAAUGUUGUAGGCAGAAUAAUGGCAUUUGUGUCACUUAGGUGUUUCAUAGGGGGUUUUUGCUCUAAAUACUUGCAGUUUUCAUGUAAAUUGCAUUGCAUUCGCAUAGAAAUGAGCCUCGACUGGGGUGGCAGGCGGAGUGACUUGAUGAGAAAAGAAGCUGAGGGCCAUUUCAUGCGCUGUUGGGCCACUGAUCUCUCUGGCUGUGAUGUGUAAGGGACGAUGUUCACUGCUCCAGAACUUAGUAUAGGCAGUCCACAUUAACGUGCUUCUGAAUACUACAAUUCCGUUGUAAAUCAGUUUUCAUGUUUCCAUAUAACACUUCCACUGCCAUGUGCAUCAAACAAAGUUUUAAUUUCCGCCAGUGCCAAACGCGCUUAUCUCCCAUAGAUGAUGAAUGAAGCUUUGACGUGCUGAUUUAUGGAUUCACAAAUGAUAUUCUCUCACAUAAUAACCUCCUGUUCCCUUACAAACAUGCAGUUGACUCGUGAUAGAGAUGACUAAUGCAAACUGUGAUUGACCGAAACAUUGUGUGAAAGUGAACAUCAGAUUACCUUCAAAUGUAAUCUGAAAUGUUUAAGAAAAUGCUUCAAUUUUUCCCCUCGUUAAAUUCCCACACUGAAAAAUGACUGGCUUAGGGCAUGGCAGUGUACGUGUUAAUGUGAUCAGAUGCAUUGCGUUGUUUGUGUACUGCGGUUUUGAAAUUGAAAAGGAGACGCAGAUGGCAGAUGAUCGGUUAAUAUUUGCAGUCAGCUCAUUGUGUUACUGUGUGAAAGUACUUUUCAUAACAGUUUGAAUUAAUUAUGCAUGUUUUAUACUGAAUACGCUACAUUACAUUUCUGUGGUAACUAAUGUAAUUGUCACAUCAUUAUUGACAGAAAUUUCCACAGCUCAAAAACUCAGAAUCAUUUACUGUUUUGCACAUAUUUGUCAUAAUUGCUUUCUGUUCAGUAAAAUGCAAUGAGGGAUGCGUGUAUUUUUACCGCCUCGCAGUUGUGUGAUUGGCCAUAAAAGCACAUGCUUCCUGUCUUGUCUAACUUCCGCGUAAUUACUUAACCAGGGUUUGUGUUUUAUUUUAUAAAUUGCUGGUAAGAGCUAACUUCUUAUUGUAAUAUUGUUAGUUGUUAUUAAUUAUUUUACAUAAAUUUGAUAUUAGUUUGAAAAUAUGUUUGCACCGUUUUAUGUUUGUUGGAUUUUACUGUGAAGUGUGAUUUUGAAUAUAGGCUUACAGAAAUGGUUAUCAUUUUAUAUAUAAUAAAUAAUUGAGCAUGUGUAUA